AUGGCCCCAAAGCGUGCAGAGGCCACCCCCAGCGGGGAUCCCAAGAAGCCGCGCCGCGUCAUCACCCUGGAAACCAAAGUGAAGUGGAUCAAGGAGCACGAAGGCGGAGCGACCGUGUCAGCCAUCGCGCGCCGGUCAAGCACCUGCCGUUCCACUGUGGCCACGGUGCUAAAGAACAAGGAGAAGCUGCUGGCAGCCGUCCGGGGCUCUGUAUCCCUGCAAGCAACACGGCUGACGAAGGUCCGGGAAGGGCCCAUCUUGGAGAUGGAGACGCGGCUCCUGGCCUGGAUCGAGGCCCAUACACAGAGGCAUGUCCCGCUUAGCACCCUGGUGAUCACAGCCAAGGCCAAAGCCCUUUUCGCUGCCCUGAAGGCAGAGGCCGGCCCCGGCUUUGACGUCCAGUUCACCGCAAGCUCCAGGUGGUUCCGCAGCUUCAAGAACCGCUACUCCCUGACCCGGGUCCAAAUGCCCAACGAAGCACCAGGGGCCGAGGAGAGCUUCGUUCAGGGACAUCAGGAUGCAGUGGCCGAGGGAUCACCUCUCCAGGCAUCAGCAGAGCGACAGGAAGUUGGAGCCCGAGAAGGGGAGCAAGACCAAAAGCCCCCAAGAAAAUUCACAGUGCAGGGUUUGGCCGAAGCCUUCGCCGACCUCAACGGUGCCCUUGGAAAGCUCGAAGCCAUGGACCCCAACCCAGAGAGGUUUGCGUUCGUCCAAAGGAAAGUGCAAGACGCACUCUUCACUUAUAAGCUGAUCCACGCUGAAGAGAAGAAAAGAAUGAAGCAGGCUGAGAAUACCAGGUGCCUGUGUUCUGUGGACCCCCACAAUCUGACUGGGGUGGUCAAGUUCCUCUUUCUGAGGCUCUCAGAUGACCCCCAAGUCCAGCCCAUCCUCUUCGGUGUCUUCCUGUCCAUGUACCUGGUCACCGUCACGGGGAACCUGCUUAUCAUCCUGGCCGUCAGCUCCGACCCCCGCCUGCACACCCCCAUGUAUUCCUUCCUCUCCGUCCUGUCCGUGGCUGACUCUGGGUUCAUCUCCAGCACGGUCCCCAAGAUGAUUUGGGACAUCCACACCCAGAGCAGAGACAUGUCCUACGCCGGCUGCCUGGUUCAGCUGUCUUCCUUUAAUCUCUUUGGCUGUUUGGACAGCGUCAUUCUCGCUGUGAUGGCCUAUGACCGCUUCGUGGCCAUCUGCCACCCCCUGCACUACCCCGUCAUCAUGAACCCCCAGCUGUGUAACCUGCUGGCUCUGGCAUCUUUCCUCAUCAGCGUGCUGGAGUCACAGCUGAACCACCUGUUAAUGUCACAGCUGACGUUUUGUGCCGUGGCUGAAAUCCCUCAUUUCUUCUGUGACCUUCCCCAGCUCAUCAAGAUCGCCUGUAACAAAUCCUCCACCAAAGACAUCAUGAUGUUCCUGAUUGCGGCCGUGUUUGGGGCGCUGCCGGCCUCUGGGAUUUUGUUCUCGUACUCCAAGAUCAUUUCUUCCAUCCUCAGAGUCCCCUCCUCUGGGGGCAGGCACAAGGCCUUCUCCACCUGCGGCUCGCACCUGGCCGUGGUUUUCUUGUUCUAUGGCACUGGUCUUGGGGUUUACCUUAGUUUGGCUUUUUCCCCUUCUCCCCGGAAGAAUGUAGUGGCCUCCGUGAUAUACACUGUGAUCACCCCCAUGCUGAACCCCUUUAUCUACACCCUGAGAAAUAGGGACAUCAAGAGGGCCUUCCAGAGACUCUUGAGUAGAACAGCUGAACCCUAG